UCAACUAUCUGCGCCCCGAAGGAGGAAGCGUGAUGGCGGUCGCUCAACCAAAGCAAGAGAAAGAGGGCGACGAUUGCUCUUUGCUGCCUUUAGUUCAUGACAUUAUAAAAUGCAUGGACAAGGACAGCCAGGAUGUCCACCAAGAACUGGCCAAGCUGAAGACAAAGAUCCAGGAGGCCCGGGAGCAGAUAGCCAACAUGCCCGGGAUAGACAGCAGUCCGCUGGAGCAGCAGCAGCAGCUGGCGACGCUGCGGGAGCAGGUCCGCACCAAGAACCAGCUGCUGCAGAAAUACAAAAGUCUGUGCAUGUUUGACGCCCCAAAAGCAUCAUGAAACUGAAGACUGGAUUAGUGCACUGACUGGAGGAAGCAUAUACAGGUGGAGGAAGGACUGUUUCAUCCUCACCUGGGGAGCAGAUACAUGUGGAGGAUGGAGGUUUAAAUGGACAAGCACCUGUCUUUGGACAAUGGCCCCCUUUUUGUUCUUGUUUUUUGCUUUGAGAGAAUGUAAACUUGGUAAUGUAGUUUGUAUUAAAUGUAGUGUUUCAGGGUAUAAUAUCUUGUAAUAUCCUUAUUUUGUAAUAAAAUUAACUGAUGAAGAA